CGCCGUGUAAACGGGUUUGUCCGGUGAAUUAUAAGGCCGGCGAGAAACAAGGAAAUGCUGAGCUAGCCUUGACAGUACCUGCCGUCUUGCAGCAAGUGGAAAGGGCAGGGUAGUACUUCAAGACAUCAUGGGGCUGUUAUCAGACCCAAACCGCAGGAGAGCUCUUACCAACCUCCUAACCCGCCUCAACACACCGAUAUGUUUGGUGUGCUAUGUAGCUGGUUUGGCCUGGUUCAUGGGCCUUGCAUUUGAGCCGUUUACGCUGCGAACAUACAUGUCAGAGAAUGCAAUGGGGUCCACCAUGGUGGAGGAGAGGUUCCCAGCCGGAGAGCGGGCUCUUGCCACAGGGAGGGAGUUUGCUGCUCACAAGAGGAAGGCUGGUGGGAUGCCUGUAGAUUGGUUGGUGAAAACCAUGCAAGCCCGUGGGUUGGAGGUCUACACCCAGCAGUUCUCUCGCACCCUGCCUUUCCCUGAUGAAAACACAGAGAGAUAUAUGGUAAAGGGGACUAACGUUUAUGGCAUCUUGCGCGCCCCCCGAGCGUCACGCACAGAAGCGCUGGUGCUCACCGCCUCCUGCAGCGAAGGCAACAGCAACCACCAGGCAGUGGGGCUGCUGCUUGGGCUGGCUCAGUACUUUCGGAAUCAGGUCUAUUGGGCUAAAGACAUCAUAUUCCUUGUGAAUGAAUAUGAUCUUAUCGGCAUGCAGGCCUGGCUGGAGGGCUACCAUCACACCAACAUCACAGGCAUGGACUAUACACCCCUUCAGGGUCGGGGAGGCUCUAUCCAGGCAGCCCUCUCUCUGGAACUCAACUCUGAUGUCAUCACCAGUUUAGACCUGGUUCUGGAGGGUCUCAAUGGCCAGCUCCCCAACCUGGAUCUGGCCAAUCUUUUCUAUGCCUUCUGUCAGAAGAUCGAUAUUCUGUGUACCAUCCAGGGCAAGCUCCAGAGGAGUGACUGGGACACCCCGUCGGGCUACACCCAUGCUGCCCAGACCAUGAUGCUGAUGGUGAUGAAGCAGGCCAGUGGGCGGUCCUGGGGGGACCACGGCCUCUUCCUGCGCUACCACAUCGAGGCCGCCACCAUCAAGGGCAUCAAUAGCUUCCGCCAGUACAAGACCGAUGCCACCACCAUUGGCAGGCUUCUGGAGGGCAUGUUUAGGAAGUUGAACAAUCUUCUGGAGCGUCUCCACCAGUCCUACUUCUUCUAUCUGAUGCCGUCACUCUCCCACUUCGUCUCUAUCGGCUACUACAUGCCAGCGUUCGGCCUGCUGGCCGUGAUCCUUCUUCUCAAAGCAUUAGACCUGUGGGUGCAGCUUGGGACCCCGCCCCCGGGAACAGAGGAUGGAGUAGCUGGUGUGGAGCCGGCCUCGAGCCCAAGCGUGUUGUCCAUCCUGACUCCGUUGGUCAUCAGCCACAUGACGGGGGCGGCUCUGUACACCCUGCCCAUCCGCUCUCAGGAGAUGGCUGUGGAGCACUUCCCCGUGUCUGAGACGGAGGCUGUGGUUCUCACCGCCAUCGCCAUCUACACAGCCGGCCUGGCCCUGCCCCACAACACACACAAGUUCCUGGUGGGAGAGGGCACAGAGAAGGGCUGGAAGGUGCUGAAGCUGGUGGCUCUGCUGUACCUGGCCGUGCUGCUGGGCUGCACCGCCCUCAUCAACUUCUCCCUGGGAUUCAUCCUGGCAGUCACCCUGGUGCCCAUUGCCGCCUUCGUCACGCCCCAUCUGCCCAAGGUGGUAAGCACAACCAUCAUGGUUCUCCUGAGCCCUGGUUUCACGCUGCUCUACUGCGUGUUUGUGUACCAAGAGCUCCAGGAGGCGCCGGUCUCUCUGGGUGAGGGUUGGAUCCUCUACCUGUCUGUUAUCUCGCAGGGCAUCCUGGACCACAGCCUGUACGGCUCGCUGGUCUACCCUCUGCUGGCUCUGUUUGUCUACCCAUGCUGGUUGCUCUUCUGGAACAUUCUCUUCUGGAAGUAAAGGGGUCACGUCUGAGCAGUGACCGGAGCACAGCCUGGUCCAGAGUCAGCUUCCGACCCCCCCACCCCCCGUGCUGUCAUGACCUUUCAGAGAUUAGACAUGUACACUGAUCUCAGGUCUGUGGUCUACCGGCCAUCCUGGUUAAAAGGGAAAGUGGAGAUCUUACCAGGGAGGCUAAGGUGCUGUAUGUACACACCAGAUGGGAAUGGACAGCACUGACUGGUUUAAGUUAAUGUGUUUUUUUUUAAAUUAUUAUUUAUUUUUUUAAGACCAGGCUUAUGCAAGUACCUGUGUGCAUGAAAGAGUUGUGAAGCUGUAAAUAAGUGUGAAUAUGUGAAAACAGAUUUGCAUAAGGUCUGCAGGACACCUGGCUGACACUUGGGGUAUGUUGGAAAAAUGUCUCAUUUUGUUUAUGUUAUGUGUUUAUGUAUGUUUAUGUUGUUUAUGCACUUAAAACUUCAAUGUUUUACAUUGCGUGCCUGAUCCACGCCCUUUUCACCUCAAGAGCUGAAUACUACUAAUAAAAAAGCCUAUUUCGUAAAA